AUGGGUGUAAAGAAUACCAAAAUAACUUCUCAUGAUCGAACCAUUCUUGAACUGAAGCUUCAAAGAGACAAGUUGAAGCAAAAACAAAAAAGGAUAUUAGGUAUGUCUGAGAAAGCAACAGAAGUUGCCAGGGAAGCAUUACGUCUAGGAAAUAAACGUGGCGCUCUUUUGGCUUUAAAAAAGAAAAAAUAUCAGCAACGAUUAUCAGAAAAAACUGAAACUCAAAUAAUGAACCUCGAAGAAUUGACUCAAUCAAUAGAAUUCGCAUUAAUAGAAAAGGACAUAUUAAGUAAAUUAGAUGCAGGAAAUAAUAUUUUGAAGGAACUUAAUAAAGAGAUGUCAAUUGAAAAAGUGGAUAAAUUACUGGAAGAUACUCAAGAUGCUAUUUCUUAUCAAAAUGAAAUUUCUGAAUUGUUAAGUGGGAAGUUAACAAAUGAAGAUGAAAAUGAAAUCUUGAAAGAACUUGAAGAAAUAACAGCGGAUCAACUUGCUCAGCAACUUCCAAAUGUUCCUACUACAGAAAUUCCUAUUGUUCCU